ACAUCAGUUUGCUCUGACGUUUAAUUUCAUCUAAUCUAAAGAAAAGUCACCUGGACACUUGACAGUUCUAGAACAAAAUGCAGAAAUUUCUUCUAUAUGUUUUGCUACCGGCUAUUGUAAUAUCUAUGUUACUCGAUCACACACAAGGAAAAAGGUGCGAAAAUGAAGAAGACUGUGUUUAUGGCCAAUUUUGCAACACAACUUCGUGGGCGUGUCAGGAUAAAGAAUGCGAAGAAGACUAUGACUGUGAUAUUGCCCGAUUUUGCAAUACGAGUGCAUGGGCGUGUCAGGAUAAAGGCUGUGCUGGAAACGCAGACUGUGAUUCAUUCCUCGAAGUGUGUGAUAAAAGUUUGAAGAAAUGCCGAGAAAUAAUGUGUGAUGUCAACAGCGACUGUCUUGGUUCCCAAUAUUGCGAUCAAAAUUCGAGACAGUGUCUCCUAGAUGAAGGAUGCGAGACAAACGAUAACUGUGCUUCUGGCCAUUAUUGCGAUUCGGGACAUUGUAAAUCAGGCUGCCGUCAAGACAAUGACUGUGUUAUAGGCGAAAUUUGCAAUGUAGAUUCGGGUAUUUGUGCGAAAGGCUGUGGUGAAGACGAGGACUGUGGCAUUUUCGAAUAUUGCGAUAAAAAUUUGAGGACGUGCCAAGAUAAAGAAUGCGAAAAUGACGAUGACUGUUAUCCUGACGAAUUUUGCGAUUUGAUUUUGUGGACGUGUGAGAUUAAAGAGUGCGGAGAAGACGAUGAAUGUGAUGAUGGCGAAUAUUGCAAUACAUCCUUGUGGACGUGUCGGGAUAAAGAGUGCGAAGAAGACGUUAAAUGUAAUGAUGGAAAAUAUUGCAAUACAACCUUGUGGGCGUGUCAGGAUAAAGAGUGCGAGGAAGACGAUAAAUGUAAUGAUGGAAAAUAUUGCAAUACAACCUUGUGGACGUGUCAGAAUAAAGAAUGCGAAGGAAAAUAUACCUGUGAUAAUGCCCGAUUUUGCAAUACGAGUUCAUGGACGUGUCAGGAUAAAGUGUGCAAAGGACACGAAGACUGUGAUACAUCGUCCGAAGAAUGUGAUUUAAAUUUGGGGAAGUGCCAAGUAAAAAGCUGUGAUGAUGACUAUGAAUACUGUCCCUUUUACCAAUAUUGCGAUCAAAAUUCGAAAAAGUGUCUAAAUAGAGAAUGCGAGACAGACGAGGAAUGUGCUUCUGACCAAUAUUGCGAUUCGGGAAAGUGUGUACAAGAUCCGUAAGCUAAAUGCUAAGAUGAGAAAAAGAUUGAGCAAAUAUCAUAACAUCAUAAGCCACUCAGCGUUUGCACAGAGAUGAAUCAAUGCAAUCGAAGAUAAUGAAUUUGUUCAUAAUUUGCUGAAUAUGGAAUAAAAUAAUAUUCUGCAAAAAUA